UCUUUGGAAGCUGAUUUGGCAAGUAAUGAUUGAACAGGUUUUAAUUCCGUUGGUGUUCAUAAGAGCGGACGUGCAUCUCCUUGGCGAUAGGAAUUAGCAAGAACUUAGACUGCUUUCGAGACCUCACCCCUUGCCUACAAAAUGUCUGAAAAUCUUGGAAAUGUGGUAUACGAGCUGCACGAAAUUCACAGUAUACAAUAGGUGCUUGCAGUCACCACUUGGUGUUGUUCCAGCUCAUUUGCGUGCACAUAAGACCACGCGGCCUUUGAGGACGAGCUCCUAAUGUCUUCGCAGCAACAACCUUCACUAGACCUGGCCAAUCUUCUCCCCGGACCAAGGUUCCAUCCGGAGCAGCAGACCGCGGGUCCCUUGCAGCGGGCAACUUCGCCAGCCACGACCGCAUCAGCAAGCGUCGAUGAGCAGGCGGCUAUAGAGCGUCGUGACGCCCGGCGUGAACGCCGGCGACUGGCGCAGGCCAGUCCUGGUGAAAGUCGCAAUGCUCGUCACAACGCAACCGGAGACCCUGACAGCGGCCUCACAAGUCCUGCGCGCCAGCAGCUGCACCAGCACUCCAGACCACCACAAGUCAGCCCACCUGCCCCGAACCCUGCAGACGUGGAUAUGUCCAGGUACGGGCUAGCGGUGGACUCGGACGACGUGCCUUCGCCCACCUCGGCGGGCCGGCCCCGGCGCCGCAUGUCCCCGGCUGGGCAGCACAGUCCCGAGGUGUCGCAAGGCGGCGCCACGCCCUCCUCGGAAGCGGGUUCGGAGCUGGGCAGCCCGGGGCGCAGGAUGGGUUCACGUACGGACAUGCAUUCCUCGUACGACAGCUUGGACUCGCUGUCGGGAGCAGCGGCGGGGUCCGGGAGAGGCGGCCGGCGAGGUAGCGGCUUCCGGCGGGCAGCCAGCGCCAAGCCGGUCCGCUCCGCGGCCCCCCGCAGCGGCCUCGCUGACGUGCACGUUGUGGGCGAGAUCGUGGGCGCCUCGGGCUUCAGCGCGCCCAUGCUGUUCUGCAGGUGGCAGCUGCUGUACGAGCCGGGCAAGUCAUGGAGAGUGCAGCGGGGGCUGCAGCAGGGCGCCACGCACGCCUGCUGCAGCGGGGUGCCCGAGGAGGAUCUGGUCGUGUGGGAGCAUCCGCUGGACCUGCACCUGCAGACGCAGAGCCUGCAGGGCUGGCCCGCGCUGCUGCUGAUGGUGUACGCUCGCGACGAGGGCAGCGGCCGCGACUCCUUCCUGUCGUACGCGCUGGUGAGCCUGCCCACCACCCCGGGGCUGCACCACGUGAGCAGCCACACCUGGUUCGCGGUGGAGAGCAACCGGGCGCUGGGCAGGUCGUUCUUCGCCUGGUACACGGGCCUCAUUCCGCGCCUUGAGGACGAGACGUUCAUCACCGACCUGCGCAAGCGCGAGGACGCGGGCCCCUUCAUCUGCACCGUGGGGGCGGGCCAGGUGCACCUGAGGCUCAACAUACUCACAAGGAACCUGGAGCACGUGAGCCACCAGGGCGGUGAGAGCCUGGCUGCGGCGCUGGAGCGGCUCACCACCAACAUCAUGCGAGCCUCCACGCAGCUAGCCAACAAGUCGGCAGCGCUGGAGGAGCACCGGCGCAGCAGCGAGGUGUUGAGUGAGGGGCAGCGGCUGGUGCGCGGCGGGCGGGAGGAGCGGCUGGCGUCGGCCCGGGCGGCGGUGGAGGCACGCAGGCGGGGAGACGGACUCAGCCCCGUGCCCUCUGAAUCCGGAAGAACGCCGAGUCAUUCCUCCUUCCGCGGGUUUGGCGGGGAGUCCCGGAGGGUGAGCCGCAGCGACCAGGCGGCGGCGCAGGACGAUAUGCGGUCUGAGUCCUCCUACGACCGGGGCUAUGGAGGAGGCCCCACACCCCCCAGGGACCGCUACGCCGACCGAGCCGCCCGGAGAGCCCGCGACAGGGCGACGCGGGAGACCACCUCGCAGGAGGGGGGGAGCGUGGCUCCUUCGGCCAGCACCCUCAACGACCCCCCCUCGCGAGGGCCCUCCACCACAGGCGCCGCUCCAGGGGCAGCGGCGGGCCGCAGCGACGACAUCGGGCCCACGGGUCGGCCGGCUCGCGGCAGUGCUGCCCGGGAACAGGGCGGCGGAGGCGGUGUAGGGCGAGCGGUCAGCGAUGAUGACGGCGUGGAGACGGUGGGCGAGGGCAUUGACGAGGCGGCGACGGCGGCGGCGCACAGUAACCGCGCGGCGGCGCGGGCUGCGAGGCGGGAGCAGCAGAGGGUGGCGUUCUGAUGGGGACGUGUAACAUGGCGUGAGGGGGUUGCAUGGGAUCCCUCUAAUUAUGUGGGACGCAGGUGCCAAUUGCACCUGGGAUGCUUGUAUAUAAGGAGUUGUACAGACGGGG